UAACAAUGACAUUUACGCGGGUUAAAUUCGAGAAUCGACGUAAGUCGAACAGAUGUUUCUGCUACGUGACUGAAAACCUUAUCACGCAACUGACAAGGUGUCAAUUCCUUCAGAAUUGUAAAUUGUGACUUUCCAAAAUUAAAAGUAAAAUUAAAUUCAGUUGUGUAUAAAAAUGGAACCAGGAACAUUAACAAAAGUUUUAUUCGACUUUUUAACCGUCGCCGAUGGAGAGUUAUGUUUACACAAAGGGGAAUACUUUUUGGUAUAUAGUGUCAUAGACAAACAUUGGUGUUAUGGUGAAUCUCGAGGCAGAACUGGAAAAUUUCCUUCAAGUCAUUUACACAAAGUAGAAAUUCCAACAUUACAUGAUUCUCAAACAUUGUUUGUGUCAACUGUUGACUUUCAAGGUCAGCAGGAUGGAGACUUAUCUUUUUCUAAAGGAGAAAUUAUUAUUGGAUUACAAGAUGUUGGUUCUGAAUGGUACUCGGGCCAAAUAGAUACUAGAGUAGGUAUUUUUCCUCUAACACAUGUAUGGCAACUUGACACUAAAUUAUUAAAGAAAAGUUUGGAAAAAACGAUUGUGAAAAAGAAAGCUCGAAUAAAACAUAGUUUAGAAGCACAGCUUGAAGGAGAACUUAAUUUGGUAGAAGGUGAAAUGAUUACUGUCACAGAAAUUUUUGGAGAUGGUUGGUGCUAUGGAAUGACAGAGGAUGGUAAAAUGGGUGUAUUUCCAGAAGGAUUUAUAUCUUAUGUAAAUGAUAGUACAGAACAGCUAGAUAUAGCAUGUACAGUGGACAAUAAUUCUUUUUCUACAACUACAAAUCAUGAUGAAAGGAUACAUAAAGACAUUAAGGAAACCCCUUCCACAAGUUUCUUUGUUGAAGAACCUGCACCAAAUUAUUAUGAUUUAUUUCCUGAAUUUAAACCAGUUUCUUCAGAUUCAACAGAAAGCUUGAAAAAUAUGAGUAAUUCGAAUGCAUUAAAUGUAAAACCAUAUGCUAUUACUUUGUAUCCAUUUAAUGCUCAGUUUCCAAAUGAACUUAAUUUUGAUGCAAAAGAAGUGGUACAUCUCAUUAAACAUAUAGAUUCAGAAUGGAUGGAGGGUACAAUAGAUAAUCGAAAAGGCAUUUUUCCUAUAUCUUAUGUAAAUAUUAUAGUUGAUUGUAAUGAAAUAAACAGUGAACAAAAUUUAUACACGCAAGAAACAAACAAUGUGCAAUAUGAUGAAUUGAUGCCUGGAACUGAAGCAAGAGUAAAGUAUACUUUUAAAGCACAGAUGGAUGGAGAUUUAAGUAUUUUUGAAGGCGAAAUAGUUAAAGUAAUUAAUAUGGCAAAUUCAGAUUGGAUUAAUGUUGAAAAUCACUCUGGCAAAGUUGGAUUAUGUCCAAGAAGUUACUUGGGUCUGUUGUCUACAGAAUCAUUUGAUAUUAAUACAGAUAUUUUGGAAGAUUUUGUAGUAAUACGGCAUGAUGAAGUAACUUCUAAUAGAUUAGAAGAACAAAAACCAAAGAGACUUUCAGAACCGCAUAGACCAGCACCACCUAUACCAGCACCGGGCAGAACUCCGUUACAAAAGAAUACAACAGAGAGUAAUAAAAUUUCGGACGACGUUAAUCAACAUAUUAGUAUUACUGAUAAUGAUAAUUUGGAAUUAAAACAAAAAAGAACAGAUCAAAGACAAAAUGUUAUAUCGGAAUUAGUCCUCACUGAAAAAGAAUACGUUCGUGAUUUAAACUUAACGUACGAGAUAUUUAAUUUAUAUGAUCCAAGUCAACUUGUAUCUUUGGGAGUAGAUGUAACCACUUUAUUUGGAAAUCUUCUUGAUAUUAUUCACGUUGCGGAAGAAUUGUUGGACAAAAUACUAAAAGCUAUGAAAGGGUGUGAUGAAGAAAUGCAAACUGUUGGUCCUUGCUUUAUGGAAAUGGCUGAAAAAUUAAAAGGCGUUUAUGUAAAAUAUUGUGGAAACCAUGAAGCUGCGUUAGUUUUGUUAAAGAAGUAUGAAAAUAAUGAAGAAAUAAUGAAAGUAUUCAACAAAGGUAUUGAGACAUUACGAUAUAAAGUAGCCUGUUUUGACAUGAGUUCUAUACUUAUAAAGCCAGUACAAAGAAUAUUAAAAUAUCCCCUUAUUUUAUAUGAGUUAGUGAAGUGUACCGAUGAUAACCAUCCUGAUAAACAUCCAGUCGAGGAAGCAUGGAAGACUAUGACAGCUGUUGCCAGUCAUAUCAACGAAUAUAAACGUCGAAAAGAUUUGGUAUCAAAAUAUUUGGAUAAUGGCAACACACUGAUGAGGAAAAUGGCUAAACUUAAUAUGCAUUCUGUAGCAAAAAUGUCUACUAGAUUAAGUACACGAUUGUCUACCAGCUUAGGAUUAACAAAUAUUACCGUUGAUACGGAAUUUGAAGAACUUGAAAAACAAUUUAGAUCUGUUGAAAAAUGUGCUUUACAGUUAGCUAAAGAUGUUGAACAAUGCCUUACAUAUUUAAGUAAUGAAGCUCUCUGUGGAGAAAUGAUAUCAGAUUAUGUGAUUCAGUACUAUCAAGGAACAUCAAAUAGCGAAGCAAAGAGACUUAGAGACAUAAGAUCCAUAAUUUUGUCACAAUCUGUACAAGAAUUGAAAAUAUGUUUACAGAAUAGAGUUAAUGCACCAAUACAGUUUUUAAUAACCUUACUAGAUGGCCCUACUGUUUUAAUAACAAAACGGCAUGAUAAAUUACUUGAUUAUGAUGCUGCUAUUUCAAAGAGUGAAAAGUAUAAAGAAUCUCGAAUAGCACAAGAUGAAUUAUCAACAGCAAAGAGUAAUUAUGAAGCUCUAACCCAUCAACUACUAGAAGAAUUGCCAAUUGUCAUUGAUGCAGCAACAAAGAUAUUAGUAAAUUGUAUUACUGCUUUUGCACAUGCUAGAAAGCUUUUAUGUGGAACAAUUACCAAAAGAUAUUUGACGUUUUGCGAGUCCUCAACUCAACUGUCAUCUCAGGAUAUUUUGGAGUCAUUUUUGGUUAAUCAUAAUUUAUUGUGGAAUCAAAUAACUCGUUUUGCAUUUGCGGGCACAAAUCCACGUAUAGAAGAAGAACAAUCGACGUGGUGUCCGCAAAGUGAAAGACAAAGAAUUUCAUUAAAAAAUAAAUAUUCCAGUGAUAAAUUAUAUGUUGUUACCCAAAAUAUAGUAAGCACUUCAUCUUUGGAUAUGGGUGCAGCACGUGGAACGUUGGUUGCAGUGAUUAAGAAACAAGAUCCUAUGGGUGAUGUCUCAAGAUGGUUUGUAGACAAUGGAGUUGCUCAAGGAUUUUUACCUGCUAAAUGUUUACAAAUUCAACAAGUAUCACAAAUUGAAUUAUCCAAUGAAGUUCCUACCUCAAAUAAAUAUAAUAACAUGUCCAUGCCUGAUCUAAUUUGCAUGGACUCUCCUGAAAAAGAACCUGAAGCUAUAUCCCAAUUAAAUUUGCAAAAUUUACUAGACCUUGAUGUUAAUAAUGUAAUUAAAAAAGAGCCCGAGUAUUAUGGUAAUAUUGAACAAAUUCCAAAAGUUCAACAAUAUCAAAAUUUAAACUAUGAGUUUUACUAUGCAGAAUAUGAUUUUUGUACAAAUAUGUCUGGGACACUACCUGUCAGUAAAGGUCAAGCAUUAAGGCUUGUUAGACCUCAUGAUGAGAAAGGAAAUGAUGAAUGGUGGCUUAUGGAGGAUCGUUACGGCAAUAAGGGUUAUGUACCUAAAAACUAUUUACACGAACCACCUACGGGAAAACAAUAA